CAGCUCCCCUCCCCUCAGCUCUGCUGUCAUGGGAUCUGGAAACUGCUCGAGUCACAAUCUGCAAGUGCCUCUACAGCUGAUGAGUGUGAACACACGUGGGUGUGUGCAGGGCCUAUAAAGUCGGCGUGGACAGCUCGGCAUGGGAGGGUGCACCGCCGGGUUCCUGCUCUCUGCGCAGCCGUGCUGUCGUGAUGGGGCUCCAGGCUGGGACACACCAGCUCCACCGGGACCUUGUCCUCCUGCCCACCGUGGUGGCGAUGCUUCUCCUCUGUGCCAAUGCCGGCCCAGCCGUACCCACUGCCAGCCCCCGGAGUGCCUCAGGGUUCCCCCCAGACUGCAGCCGCCUCCGCAAGAACAGCCCCAGCGGGGUGUACGUCAUCCAGCCGGCUCGGUCCCCCCCGCGCGUGGUCUGGUGCGACAUGGACACCGAAGGCAAGGGCUGGACUGUUGUCCAGAGAAACUCUCAUGACACUGAGCUCAACUGGAAGCAAUCCUGGACCACCUACAAGUACGGCUUUGGGAACGUGCACGCCGAUUACUGGCUGGGCACCGAGUACCUGCACCUGCUGACCCAGCAGGGCACCUACAAGGUGCGCUUUGUCGUGCGGGACAAAACCAACACCACCCACUUCGCCGAGUACGACAUCUUCAGGGUGGAGAGCGAGGACAGCGGGUACCCACUGAGGCUGGGCCGGCAUUCUGGCGAUGGGGACGACUACCUGACCCUCUACCACCCCAAGAAGGGGGGCAUUCACGACAACAUGAAGUUCAGCACGGUCGACAAGGACCAGGACCAGUACAGUGGGAACUGCGCCAAGAGCUACGGCGGGUGGUGGUACAACAGGUGCCAGAACGUCCUGCUCAAUGCCAAAAACUACAUCGUUUGGCCAGGAUUCUGCGACAGCGGUGACUGCGCAUCCUCCCUCAUCCUGGUCAAACCCACAGACGUGUGCUGACCCUGCUGCAGUGCCCAGAACCCCGGCAGUGGGGGGGUGCCACCAUCCCCAACUCAGUGCCCCGUUCCCAUGCCUGCCCACUGUCCCCUGCAAGUCCCAGUGCACGUCCUGCUCUGCUCGCAGCUCCUGCACCCU